CUUCUGUGAAAGGAGCCCUUCUGUCACUCGUCACUCGCUUGCUCGCUCGCCCGCUCGCUAGCUCGUUCGCUCGCUGUGGGAGGAGCCCGCCAGAGGAAGCCGUGUGCCUGGGAUGCCAAGAACCAGAGAAUGGAUCUGCUCCGAGUAGGGACAUUGCUGAGGAUCCCGGCUUCCCGAGGCGGCUGAAAACAAGCAUUUGGUUUCGGCUGCCUGCAGAUACCCGGAGACACAACGACACCAAAGCGGACCAGAGGAAGGACAGACCGACUGACAGAUAGAUGGUCGGCGCGAACCCUGGAGGACCGGCGGCGGAGGCUGAGCACCGCGAGCCCAGCCGCCGCGCUUGAAGAGAAACUAACUGCACACCCAAGUUGCCCCGCCGGCUGCCCGCGCGCUGAGGAAUGAGACCUUUCCAGCUGGAUUUGCUCUUCCUCUGCUUCUUCCUCUUCAGUCAAGAGCUUGGCCUCCAGAAGAGAGGAUGCUGUCUGGUGCUGGGCUACAUGGCCAAGGACAAGUUUCGGAGAAUGAAUGAAGGUCAAGUCUACUCCUUCAGCCAGCAACCCCAGGACCAAGUGGUGGUGUCAGGACAGCCAGUGACUCUGCUGUGUGCCAUCCCUGAAUAUGAUGGCUUCGUCCUGUGGAUCAAAGAUGGCUUGGCUCUGGGUGUAGGCAGAGACCUCUCAAGUUACCCCCAGUACCUGGUGGUGGGGAACCACCUCUCAGGAGAGCACCACCUGAAGAUCCUGAGGGCUGAGCUGCAGGAUGAUGCCGUGUAUGAGUGCCAGGCCAUCCAGGCUGCCAUCCGGUCCCGCCCUGCACGCCUCACCGUCCUGGUGCCACCAGAUGACCCCAUCAUCCUAGGGGGCCCUGUGAUCAGCCUUCGAGCAGGGGACCCCCUCAACCUCACCUGCCACGCAGACAAUGCCAAGCCUGCGGCUUCCAUCAUCUGGCUACGUAAAGGAGAGGUCAUCAAUGGAGCCACCUACUCCAAGACCCUGCUUCGAGACGGCAAACGCGAGAGCAUUGUCAGCACCCUCUUCAUCUCCCCAGGAGAUGUGGAAAACGGACAGAGUAUUGUGUGCCGAGCCACCAACAAAGCCAUCCCUGGAGGAAAGGAGACCUCUGUCACCAUAGACAUCCAGCAUCCACCACUUGUCAACUUGUCGGUAGAACCACAGCCGGUAUUGGAGGACAACAUUGUCACGUUCCACUGCUCUGCAAAGGCCAACCCAGCUGUCACCCAGUACAGGUGGGCCAAACGGGGUCACAUCAUCAAGGAGGCAUCUGGGGAGCUGUAUAGGACCACCGUGGACUACACAUUCUUCUCAGAGCCUGUAUCCUGUGAAGUGACCAAUGCCUUGGGCAGCACCAACCUCAGCCGCACAGUGGACGUAUACUUUGGUCCUCGAAUGACCUCAGAGCCUCAGUCCCUGCUGGUAGAUCUGGGCUCCGACGCUGUCUUCAGCUGUGCGUGGAUCGGCAACCCGUCUCUGACCAUCGUGUGGAUGAAACGAGGUUCUGGUGUGGUCCUGAGCAAUGAAAAGACCCUAACCCUCAAAUCUGUCCGCCAAGAGGAUGCUGGGAAGUACGUGUGCCGGGCUGUGGUGCCCCGGGUAGGAGCUGGGGAAAGAGAGGUGACCUUGACUGUCAAUGGACCCCCCAUCAUCUCCAGCACACAGACCCAGCAUGCCCUCCAUGGAGAGAAGGGCCAGAUCAAGUGCUUCAUCCGGAGCACACCACCGCCUGACCGAAUUGCCUGGUCCUGGAAGGAGAAUGUGCUGGAGUCGGGGACAUCAGGGCGCUACACAGUGGAGACGGUGAACACGGAGGAGGGUGUCAUCUCCACGCUGACCAUUAGCAACAUUGUGCGUGCUGACUUCCAGACCAUAUACAACUGUACAGCCUGGAACAGCUUCGGCUCUGACACAGAAAUCAUCCGACUCAAGGAACAAGAGUCUGUACCAAUGGCCGUCAUCAUCGGGGUGGCCGUAGGAGCUGGCGUGGCCUUCCUCGUCCUAAUGGCAACCAUUGUGGCCUUCUGCUGUGCCCGUUCCCAGAGAAAUCUCAAAGGUGUUGUAUCGGCCAAAAAUGAUAUUCGAGUGGAGAUUGUGCACAAGGAGCCAUCCUCUGGUCGGGAGGCUGAGGACCACACCACCAUCAAGCAGCUGAUGAUGGACCGGGGUGAAUUCCAACAAGACUCGGUGCUGAAACAGCUGGAGGUCCUCAAAGAGGAGGAGAAGGAGUUUCAGAACCUGAAGGACCCCACCAACGGCUACUACAGCGUCAACACCUUCAAAGAACACCAUUCAACUCCAACCAUCUCCCUGUCCAGCUGCCAGCCAGACCUGCGUCCGACAGGAAAACAGCGUGUGCCCACAGGCAUGUCCUUCACCAACAUCUACAGCACCUUGAGCGGCCAGGGCCGCCUCUAUGACUAUGGACAGAGGUUUGUGUUGGGCAUGGGCAGCUCGUCCAUUGAGCUUUGUGAGCGGGAAUUUCAGAGGGGCUCCCUCAGCGACAGCAGCUCCUUCCUGGACACGCAGUGUGACAGCAGCGUCAGCAGCAGCGGCAAGCAAGAUGGCUACGUGCAGUUUGACAAGGCCAGCAAGGCUUCUGCCUCCUCUUCGCACCAUUCCCAGUCUUCUUCCCAGAACUCCGACCCCAGCCGACCCCUGCAGCGGCGGAUGCAGACUCAUGUCUGAGGACCACGCACUGUGGUGGGGGAUGGGCCGAGGAGGAGGACAGGGUACGUUUUUCGUUCUCCAAGGACUGGGGCUACUUUGCAGAGGACCCUAGAACUGGCCGCCUCCGGGGUGGCCUCCGAGCACCUCUGUUAACACCUUCCUUCGAAGCUCUGAUCAAGCACAAAUCUGGCUCCCAGGUGGGAAAUGGAGAGUAUGCAGCUGAGCGGAUAGUGCUCAGGGCCUCUGUCUCUUGCUCUUCCCUAAAGGUCCCUCAACCGCCUUGUCCUCCCACGGGCACUCGUGGCAGCUAGAACUUUGCUUUUAUGAAACUGCCGUCCACUUUCCUAGCUCCUCUUGCUGCCCAUAAGCCAUCCCUGGUACCUGUAUUCCUUGCAGCCUUGAGGAACAACGGAGGACUUUUUUUCCCAGCACUGAGCUGCUCCGGAGACCCCAGCCUCCCCACUGUGCAUAGCCCAUACCACAGAGGUGGGGGGGCUGAGAAAUGACCCUGACCAAAGGAGAGUCUGCCUGGGAGCCCGUCCCCACUUUGUUUGGUGUUUGUGUCUGUAUUCUUGCAGUUCCGUUUUUGGACUUGAUACCUCUGCGCUUGGUGGUGGGACUGGCCCGUCAGAGUCUAGUGUCCUCAGAGCUGAGGAAGGGAAAGAGGGAGAAUGUGAACUCCCGGAGAACAGCUGGCCCAACACACCCUGUGCCAGGCUGUGCAGUUCAGAGCUCUUGCCCUCAUUCUCGCCCCUCUGCUCCAUGUUCUCCCUUCCUUCCCACAGCACAAUCGAGUUAAUCCGAGGAGUGUGAGAACUUCUCCGGUCAGGGUUGGUUGAACAGUUACUGCAGCGUUGCUUCCUGGAGAUGUGGGUUUGAGGGGGUGCUGAAGUCCUCCAGACUCUUUCAGCUGAUAACCACAAGGAACAAUGAUCCAUUCUCCAGUAGACAGGACUCUGUGUGCAAGAGGGACAGUUUUCUUCACCUCUUUCCCAUCACUCCCCACUUAAGAAUAAACGUUAGGGCCAUUACCCCCAACAAACCUGUUCUGUGCUUUUGUUUCUGCUUGUGCCACAGGAAGACCCCAAGAGUCCAAGUACAUUGUGGGAGCUCGGGAUUUUUGGUUGGUUGGUUGGAGGCUUUGUUGUUGUUGUUGUUGUUGUUGUUCUAUGUUUUGUUUGCUUCACUUCAGUUCUCCCCAGGGAGGGAAGGUCAUUGUUGGGGCUGGUUGUGGUCAUAAUAUAACCUACAAGUUAACUCUCUGUUUGUGGAUUAGAGGGGAAAAAAAUAGGUUUCACCAAACACCAACUUCAAAUCUUGACAAAUGUAGCUAAGUCAAUACCAUGACUUUGGACACUGGCUAGAUCCUUCUAGCCUUUUACAAAAAGCAGGCCCUCUUGCAAGUCUAUAGAUCACCACCAAUACUCCAACACUCAAGUAUAGGAC